AUGUCAGAAUCGACCUCUCAAACCAAGCCAAAUACAUCCAUGUCCACCUCGCUGGGCACUCACUUGUCGCUGCAGAUUGUGACCAUCUCAGAGAUUGAUCUCGAUGGCAAUGAGGUGACUGCGCUCAACUUGGACGCCGACUGGGACAAUGGCACGGCCACCGAACACCCAGGCAACACUACAUACUACUAUUACUCGUCGAUUGGUACCAAUGCCAGUAUCGACGCACACCUCAUCGUCUUUAAACAAGACGCUGUGAUUGAGUUUGCCGGUGCCAACAUUUCAUAUGCGACAGGCUCGCUCAAGAUCCAAUUUGGUGUCUAUGGAUGGCCGUUUAUAUCGUCGACCAACACACUCCAACUUACCAUCAAAACCAACACAUCUGCAUCGGGUCAAACAUUUAACGAGUGUCACACACUUAAGCAGUCGGUCGAGGCUGGUUACGACAGCUUUGACUCGCUCGACUACCUCAUGCAGACAAUUGGUACCGUCACCUAUUACGGUCGUUUCUACGAUCGUGUCCUCUCGGAUGGUCGUCCCGUCUACUCGCCCGUCAAACUGCUCAACAACACUGACUCGUUAGCCUUCCUUACCGUCGAUCUACCACAUUGCGAAUCAUGUGUUCUCGACCCCGAUUUUUCCAUCCUCAUCAAACAGGACCAACAACCAAGUGACGCUUGUUCCAGCGGAGGAGACGAUUCAGACAAAUCGAGAAGCUGGGUUAUCCCAGUUGCCGUCGUCGUUCCAUGUGUCGUCGUUGCCGGUUCCAUCAUUGCCUUUGCUCUUGCCAAAAAGAAAUUCUACUUUUCACGUUCAGGAAAUACUUUUAGAUUUGUUAGUAGAGGUAAAUCUCAAAGAGAUAUUGAAAUGCGUAGAUAA